CUUUGUCAUCGCUGACCGUCCGCAAGUGAGUUGACGGCGCUUGUGGAGAAAAGUCAGGCAAGGGGAUAAAGGCGUCAGGGCAACGGAUAGAGAUAGAGAGGAGAGGAGAGAGGGAGGGAGAGAGAGGGAGGACGGGAGGAGACAAGGCGGAAAGAAAUACGCCUCUCUCCUCCUUCUCCUGCACACUCCAGCGGACUUGCAUCCGUCCAUCGUCUUGCGUGGCUCGGGAUAGCAAGCGCGCUCUUUUUGCGCAUUUUCGUUUUCAUCCGAGGACUGUACGGGAGAGGGCUCGAUUUGGGCUCCGGAUGUGUUCGGAUGCGCGCCCGCCAGUGACACGGACUUGGACGUCUAGCUGUCCAGUGAGAUGUGAUUCCCUGGGCAUUCAUAACACUUUGACAAAGCAAAGUGUGCUAUAAAAGGCCCGUGUGCAAUAAAGUUGUGAGAAGCAGGAAAUACAUCCUCCUCGACUUCCGGGCCAAGCGAACGUCAUGUGGACCAGAUGCCUCCUCUUCCUCUCGACCUUGUUUGCUCCCAUUGCUAUCGCCUCCAGCCGCGCGCCCAUCCCCAUGGCGGUGGUGCGCCGGGAGCUGUCGUGCGAGUCCUACCCCAUCGAACUCCGCUGCCCGGGCACGGACGUCAUCAUGAUCGAGAGCGCCAACUACGGCCGAACGGACGACAAGAUCUGCGACUCGGACCCGGCGCAGAUGGAGAACACUCGCUGCUAUUUGCCCGACGCCUACAAGAUCAUGUCGCUCAGAUGCAACAACCGAACCCAGUGCGCCGUGGUGGCCGGCCCAGAUGUUUUCCCGGAUCCGUGUCCCGGAACAUACAAGUACCUGGAGGUCCAGUACGAAUGUGUUCCUUACAAGGUCGAACAAAAAGUGUUUCUCUGCCCUGGAAUUCUGCGAGGCGUGUACCAAAGCGAACAUCUCUUUGAGUCCGACCACCAAUCUGGCGCUUGGUGCAAGGACCCGCUGCAGGCCUCAGACAAGAUUUACUACAUGCCCUGGACACCGUACCGCACGGACACACUGACCGAGUACUCGUCCAAGGAAGACUUCAUCGCGGGCCGGCCGACCACGACGUACAAACUGCCGCAUCGCGUGGACGGCACCGGCUUUGUCGUCUACGACGGUGCGCUGUUCUUCAACAAAGAGCGCACGCGCAACAUCGUCAAGUUUGACCUCCGCACGCGCAUCAAAAGCGGUGAGGCCAUCAUCGCCAAUGCCAACUAUCACGACACCUCCCCUUACCGCUGGGGGGGCAAGUCAGACAUCGACUUGGCGGUGGACGAGAACGGACUGUGGGUGAUCUACGCGACCGAGCAGAACAACGGGCGCGUCGUGGUGAGCCAGCUCAACCCUUACACCCUACGCAUCGAAGGCUCCUGGGACACCAGCUAUGACAAGCGCUCCGCUUCCAAUGCCUUCAUGAUCUGCGGCGUCCUGUACGUAGUCAAGACUGUCUAUGAAGACGACGACAACGAAGGGACGGGGAACAAGAUUGACUACAUGUACAACACGGACAAGAGCAAGGAGACUGGCGUAAACAUACCGUUCCCCAACUCGUAUCAGUACAUCGCCGCAGUGGAUUACAACCCGAGAGACAACCUCCUCUACGUGUGGAAUAACUAUCACGUGGUCAAGUACUCACUCGACUUCGGCAACAACGACUUCCGCCCGCCCGUGAUCCCGCCGAACAGAGGAGGCGGCGGCGCAGUCGGAGGGGGCUCCUCAUCCUCAACCUGGUCGUUCUACCACCACUCGCUCUCGCCCUACUACACCACCCCGCGUCCUCUCCUCACGACCUCCCCGGGUCAGCGUUACCGAACCACCACGACAGUUCGCCAGCCCGCCGUGAAUCCUGCCGGCGGUUCACCGUCCGACACCAACCAGAUCCCAGACAUCAACCGCAAAGCCGGGGAGCGCUACCCGCCGGUGCGAGCGCCCCCGGCGGCGCCGCAGCCCCCGGCUUUUCCUCCCCAGGACUUUUGUAGUCCGAGAGUGACGGCUGAUAUUUCGUGGCCCCGGACCCAGCAAGGCCAACUGGCCAAGCAGCCGUGCCCGGUUGGGACGCUCGGCGUGGCCACGUACGUGUGCGUGGCCCGUUUGGGCUACUGGGAUACUCGAGGUCCUGACCUCAGCAACUGCACGUCACCUUGGGUCAACCACAUCAUGCAGAAACUGCGGUCGGGCGAGACGGCGGCCAUUGUGGCCAGGGAGCUGGCGGAGCAGACCAAAGGGCUCCUGCGUCCUGGCGACGUGCCCUCCACGGUGCGGGCGAUGGCACAGCUGGUGGAGCUGCUUGACGUGCAGCUCAGGAACCUCACCCCCGGGGGCAAGGACAGCGCCGCCCGCAGCCUGACCAAGCUUCAGAAGAGAGAGAGGUCCUGCAGGUUUUUCACACAGGCCAUGGUGGAGACGGUGAAUAAUUUGCUGCAGCCGCGAGCCCAGACGGCGUGGAGAGAGCUGUCCACCGGCGAGCAGCUGCACUCGGCCACGCUGCUCCUCGACACGGUGGAGACCGGCGCUUUUAUGUUAGCUGACAACCUCCUCAAGACCGACACUGUGCAGGAGACGACUGACAACAUCCAGCUGGAAGUGGCUCGGCUCAGCACGGAUGGGAGCCUCACCGACUUGACAUUCCCUCAGUCUGAGCUACACGGAAACUCCAUCCAGCUGUCAGCCAGCACUCUCAAACAGCACGGCAGAAACGGUGAGAUAAGGAUGGCCUUCGUCCUCUACAGGAACCUGGGCUCCUAUCUUUCCACGGAGAACGCCACCGUCCGACUGAGCAGCGAGGCCGUCUACCCCAACUGUUCGGUCAUUGUCAAUUCCCCCGUCAUCACGGCAUCCAUCAACAAGGAGAGCAACAAGGUCUACCUGUCGGAACCUGUCAUCUUCACCGUCAAACAUCUACAACAUUCCGAAGAGAACUUCAAUCCCAACUGUUCCUUCUGGAGUUACUCCAAGCGCACCAUGACAGGGUUUUGGUCCACGCAGGACUGUCGCCUGCUGGCCACCAAUCGCACCCACACCAGCUGCUCCUGCACUCACCUCACCAGCUUCGCCGUGCUCAUGGCCCACAUGGAGGUCAAGAAAGCAGACAGCAUUCACGACCUGCUCCUGGAUGUGAUCACCUGGGUGGGCAUCCUGCUGUCCCUGGUCUGCCUGCUCAUCUGCAUCUUCACCUUCUGCUUUUUCCGCGGACUGCAGAGCGACCGCAACACCAUCCAUAAGAACCUCUGCAUCAGCCUCUUCAUUGCUGAGUCGCUCUUCCUGGUCGGAAUCAACAGAGCAGACCAGCCGAUUGCCUGUGCAGUCUUUGCAGCCCUGCUCCAUUUCUUCUUCUUGGCAGCCUUCACCUGGAUGUUCCUGGAAGGGGUGCAGCUAUACAUCAUGCUGGUGGAGGUGUUUGAGAGCGAACACUCCCGCACUAAGUACUUCUACCUGGCAGGGUACGGCGUGCCUGCUGUCAUCGUCGCCGUCUCCGCCGCAGUGGACUACAGGAGUUACGGCACCGACCGAGUGUGCUGGCUGCGACUGGAUACAUACUUUAUCUGGAGCUUUAUAGGCCCUGCUACACUCAUCAUAAUGCUCAAUGUAAUCUUCCUUGGCAUCGCUCUUUAUAAGAUGUUCCACCAUACAGCCAUCCUCAAACCGGAUUCUGGAUGUCUGGACAACAUCAAGUCUUGGGUGAUUGGGGCCAUAGCCCUGCUAUGUCUGCUGGGCCUCACCUGGGCUUUUGGGCUGAUGUACAUCAAUGAAAGCACUGUCAUCAUGGCUUAUCUUUUCACCAUCUUCAACUCACUGCAGGGCAUGUUCAUCUUCAUCUUCCACUGCAUUCUGCAGAAGAAGGUGCGUAAAGAGUAUGGCAAGUGUCUGCGUACUCACUGCUGUAGCGGCAAAAGCGUGGAGACCUCCAUCUCCUCCUCCAAGACCACCACCUCUCGCACACCUGGUCGCUAUUCCACAGGCUCACAGAGUCGAAUCAGGCGGAUGUGGAAUGACACAGUGAGGAAACAGGAGUCUUCCUUCAUCGCGGGGGACAUGAACAGCUCCGCCACGCUUAACAGAGGAACCAUGGCUAAUCAUCUUAUAACUAAUGCUCUCCUUCGUCCCCAUGGUACUAACAAUCCUUAUAACACUCUCCUGGGGGACUCUGCAGUCUAUAACAACCCUGCUGCGGGCAUGUACAACACCCAAGCAUCUUACCGAGACACAAAGGGCAUCCUGAACAACGCAAGAGACUCCAGUGUUAUGGACACACUCCCUCUGAAUGGUAACCACGGCAACAACUACAGCAUGGCCAGCAGCGAAUACUUGAGUGACUGUGUGCAAAUUUUAGACCGGAGCGGCGGCUACGGCACCCAUAGCAACCACAAAGAGACUACCCUGGAAAAAAAGAUCUUGAAGGAGCUCACCUCCAAUUACAUCCCCUCCUAUCUCAACAACCACGAGAGGGUCACCAGCGAGCGCAGUCACAACUUGAUGAACAAACUGGUCAACAGUAGCAUGGCCAACGGAGGAGGUAGCAGUAGCUCCAGUAGCAGCGGCGUCAGCGGCUGCAUGGGCAACAGCAAAGAGGACGGAGGCCCCAUGGUGCUGGACAACCCUGCAGCCUUCCCCCACGAGGAGAACCUGGGUCUGGAGAUAAUCCGAGAGGAAUCCAACGCGCCCCUCCUGCCGCCGCGCCCCCCUCCGCCCGACAGUCACCCACCGCCGCCUCCGCCGCACAGCUACUCGAGGCCGCGCCGAAUCCCGCAGGAGACCAGCGAGAGCUUCUUCCCGCUGCUGACCAAUGAGCACACUGACGAGCACACGCACUCGCCCAACCACAGAGACUCGCUGUACACCAGCAUGCCGGUUCUCACGGACGUUCCGGACGGCCAGAUGAACGGCUUAACAGACGGUGAGGAAGACUGCUCUGGCGAACUGCAGCCCUGUAAGAGCGCCACAGCUCCCGAGUUAGAUGACGUCUACUACAAGAGCAUGCCCAACCUGGGUUCCCGGAACCACCUUCACGAGCUGCAGAGCUAUUACCACAUGGGCCGUGGAGGUAGCGACGGAUACAUGGUGUCCGGCAGCAAGGAGGAGUCCGACUCGUCGCCCGAGGAGCCCCCUGUAGACCCUUCCCACCUGGUCACCAGUCUAUAGAGCCCACCAAGAGACUCCUAUCCCUCCCUGAGCCCACUCUCACAACCUUCCACUUGUGUGUUGUCAACUGACAGGCCGACCAGGUCCGCCCCUGGACUGAGUCGUGCGUGUAACGUGUACGGUUCAGGACAAUACGGGGGCUGAAUGUAUUGUCACGCUGGGAGACACUUUGUGAAUAUCAAACAGGAGCAGAACCUCGAACCUGGAAGGGUGAGAAGUGGGGAGGGAUCUGUAAUUUCUAUGUGCUUAAUUGGAAUCUUGGAUUAGAGAUGAAAGUCCUCUAAUGUGGACCUCCAGCAUAUCGUAUAGUCUCCACUACUACUACAACUGAGGUUGACCCCAACCCCCGACAUCCGUCCUCCCAGUGAAAGGAAUCAUCCUUGCAUCCGUAGGUCGCUGCCACUUCAAAGAUACAUUCUUGCGUGAUGGCAAAGGACAAAGCCACAACAUGAACGGGCUCGGCCUCGUCACACGACCUGCCAAUCAACUGGGGGACAUACCAUCAAAGAAAAAAACAAAAAGAAAAAACAGCAACCAAACUGUACCCAUAUGUUUUCCGAUGUUCUCAAUUCUCUUCCUGUUCAUAUCUGCUCAACGGGAGUCGUGUCCAGGCUGGUGUCAUUUGUUCCUUCCUGCGAGUUCUAGUGAUUGCGGCUGCUGUUUAUUCCGCUCAUAAUAAAGAAAAGAGCUUGUAAAUCCAAGAGACUAUAGGUUCAAAAAAAAAAAAAAAAAAAAAGAAUGGGUGUGAGAA